UAACAGACCGUCCUCGUGAGUAAAUUAAGAAAGAAGAAGAAUUCAAGCGACGGUGCUGCCCUCUUGCAGACGGUUGUUGAGCUACUCACCCAGAUCCGUCGGAUACAAUAAUAAUUAUACCACACAAAAUGUUUGCCCGAGUAGCUUCAUCUGUUGUCCGACAGGUACCACGUUUUGGUACCAGGGCAUACUCCGAUGCCCCAAUGGCCUUCACAUUUGCUUCACAGAAUCAGGUAUUCUACAAUUCUGUAGGUGUUAGACAAAUUGAUGUUCCCUCCUUCUCUGGAAGUUUUGGUAUCCUGCCUGCUCACGUACCAUCCUUAGCUGUCUUGAAACCUGGAGUAAUGACUGUGUUUGAGAGUGAUGGAACAGCCAAGAAGUUCUUCGUGAGCUCUGGAAUUGUAACAAUCAAUGAAGAUUCUUCAGUACAAAUUCUUGCGGAGGAAGCUGCUGGAGUUGAAGAUUUAGAUGUUGCGGCUGCAAGAGACGUCCUGUCAAAAGCUCAGAGUGCGGUGAAUGCAGCGGCGACUGAGGAGGCUAAGGCUGAAGCACUGAUUGCCGUUGAAGUAGCAGAAGAGUUAGUUAAAGCAGCUGAGUCUGCUUAAAUGACUAAUAGUUGUUAGAGAGUUAAAGGACACUUUUUUUGGGAACAUAGGAUGUUUAUAUGUUUUGUUAGGGAACAUGUAUUUAUAUAGGGGAAUUCAUUGUUUUUAAUAUAAUAUACCAUGGUUCCCAAACCAAAUUUUUAAUUAAAUAUCUUCCAGUGGAAGGGACUUGUAUUCAUUAUUUUGUGCUGAUGAAGCUUAUGAUCCAUGUAAAUAAAAAUUAUUAUUUA